AUGAGGCACAAGCACAUCACGAUCGUCGGCGUAUCUCUGAUAACGGUGGUUGUUAUUCUAUCGAUCUUGAUGUAUUAUUUCAAUCAAGACGAAUGUCCCGUGGGCACGUUUUUGUGCCGGAACAGCACCGUGUGUAUCCCCCAAAGAAAUUGGUGUAACGGAUUUAAGGACUGCCCCGAGGGCGAUGACGAGACCCUCCUGAACUGCUCCGACCUGUACGGCAGCUGGACCUUCUUCUACAAAGAAAGAAACUGGAAGACGGCAGAAUGCGAUUCCUCCAACUGUCCUCGGGGAUGCAACUGCGGGGAUUGCACCGUGACAUGCACAGGAUUUACCAAGAUUCCUCCGAACCUCUCGGGGGGCGUCACCAGGAUAACAUUGGUCAACAGUUCCCUCGCACAAGUGGGAGCUCAAGAGCUCAAAGCAUACACGGAACUGCAGUUUUUAUUUCUUCAAAAUAAUGGCAUCGUAUCUCUGGAUUACGGCACCUUUUCCAGCCAAACGCACCUGUACUGGUUAGUGCUCUCGAAUAAUAAGAUCGAGUCCAUACUUCGUGGUCAGCUGAUCGGCCUGAAAUCCCUGGAAUUGCUAAAAGCAGACAACAAUAGUAUCGAAAUUGCCGAUCUGUCGGACCUCGAAAAUAGUACGUCCUUGGAAUUUCUCGACUUGAACAGGAAUCUGUUAACGACCCCAGGCUUGAUACUACCCUUUUUACCCGCACUGGAUCAAUUGUUUUUGGAUGAGAACAGAUUGGAAAGCAUCACCGAGAGUCUCUUUUCCGGACUACCUCGGUUGAAGUCGCUGAGUCUCGAGGGAAACUAUAUACAAACCAUAGACGCGAAUGCGUUUCAAAGCUUGGCGGAAUUAACUGAACUCAACUUGGCUCACAAUCAACUCGUAACGAUACCACCACACGUGUUCCGGCCCGUAGGGAAUUUGACGAAAUUACUAAUUGGGUACAAUCCGUUCGAGAACCUGCCGAUAUCGUUGUUCAGUCCCCUGGGAAAUCUCCAAUCACUAGAUUUGCAAGAAAUCGAUAUGGACAACGUCGGUGAGAAUAUGUUCGACUUGUUCCCUAAAUUGGACUUUGUGUACUUUAAGAAAUUUCAUUACUGCACGACGUACGCGCCCAAAGUGCAGAAAUGUCGGCCAGCCAGUGACGGAGUGUCUUCGUUGUCGCAUCUUCUAGGAAAGCCUCUGCUGCGAGCGGCAGUCUGGGGCAUAUCUUCCGUGACUUUCCUGGGAAACGCUCUCGUGCUCUGGGGAAGAUUCACGUCGAAAGAUGAGAAUCGCGUGCUCAGCAUUGUCAUUAGAAACCUGGCCGGUGAGUUUUCUUUCCCGACACUUUCCGAUAUGCUGAUGGGCAUCUACCUCUUCGUCAUAGCCGUGGAGGACAUCCGAUUCCGCGACAAUUACAACCAAGUGGCCAGCACGUGGAUGUCCUCCUGGUCCUGCACGGUGGUCGGGAUCCUGGCGAUGACGUCCUCCGAGGUUUCGGUGCUAAUCCUAUCUUUCAUGUCCGUGGAGAGAUUUAUGCUAAUUGCUGCUCCACUUAAGGGACACCGUGCGCUCACUCCCCACGCCGCAUCCUCCUCCAUGAUCGUCAUUUGGAUUAUCGGCAUUAUUUUAGCUCUCACGCCAGCUAUACACUGGCGGAGCAGCACCAGGUUCUACGGAGUCAACGGAAUGUGUUUCCCUCUACACAUAGACGAUCCUUACCUCGUAGGGUGGCAAUACUCUGCGUUCAUAUUCUUAGGACUGAAUCUACUAGGACUGAUCAUCAUCGGCUACGUUUACGCCGGGAUGUUUGCUAGUAUCUGGAGAACGCGACACGCCACUCCUUUGUCGGUGGGCGAUUCCGAGUUCGCCUUGAGGUUCUUCCUGAUCGUCAUGACGGACGCGGCGUGUUGGGCACCGAUUAUCACCCUGAAGAUUUUGGCCUUACUGAAUUACCCAGUGGCUCCCGACCUUCACGCGUGGGUGGUAGUCUUCAUCCUUCCGGUGAACAGCGCCGUGAACCCUCUUCUCUACACCUUCACGACACCAAAGUUUCGCGAAAGGCUGAGCGAAGGAUGGUUCGGCAAGAUGCGCAGCUAUGUCGCCAGGAAGCAUUCCGCCCAAGAGACACCGAUCUCGAGCUCGCUGAGCAACAGGAACAUCGUGCUCUCCCUGUCGGGGGGCAGCAAGUGCCCGGCCGACAAAAAGAUCACUCGGGUGAAGUCAUUGAAUAACGAUGGACUCGUUAACGGAUUGCACGACCACAUUCUCUGAGUGAUCUACCUCAGCCGAAGGGGACAACGAUCUCCCGGAGCCUAAGGGACAUCCGCGACACUCGUCGUUAACGCGCACAAGCGCCGUACCUAUUUAUUUUUCUAUUUGUACUUGGUCGUACGUGUAAACGAAGUACGCCAAUUUUUACCCGCGGACUAACAGGUUCGGCCAAGAAGUGCAUUCCGCUCCUCCGAGUAUUGCUCCUCGUGCACCGUACAAUUGGAGAUUCAAUGAGAGGACGAGGGGGCGAAAAAUUCUUACUAAUUGCAGAGAAGUGGUAACGAGACCCCGAUAACACGCGUCACGGCUCGAGGAGACGUUGAACCGAUUUCGAAAAUAAAUAAGGUUAAACUAGAAAAGUGUAACGUUAGGAUAACAAUCGAAACGUGAUCGAGAGCGUUUUUCCACGGGCGACCGAUUUUGCAAUCUCGUUACCGCGCCGUAAUUGCCCAGGACGAAUAG